AUAAUCGUCUUUACAGAGAUAUACAGAACACAUAUCUAUAUACUGUUUACCUUUCAGUUCUAUAUAUAUGUGGCUGAUGGUCACCAUAUAAAUCAUACCAAAUGUCCCUGAUCUUAACCCAAAACUUCUUCAUCUUCUUUAAUUAGUUUGCCACCUCGCACGUGUGACAAAUCCUUCUUCGCCACGUGUGAAAACCCUUCUCCGGCUUGCUACUAAUAUACGACUAAUAGUAUGAAUAGUUCAAUGGCUUCUGCCGGCUUAGGUAGCCGGAGAAAGGAUCCGGUGUACAGAGGAAUCCGGUGCCGAAGUGGGAAAUGGGUCUCCGAGAUUCGUGAGCCGAGGAAAACCACGAGAAUCUGGCUUGGAACUUACCCCAUGGCAGAGAUGGCAGCAGCCGCCUAUGAUGUGGCUGCUAUGGCUCUUAAAGGAAGAGAAGCUGUCUUGAACUUCCCUGGAUCCGUCGGGUCAUACCCGGUUCCUGAAUCAACAUCCGCAGCAGAUAUACGAGCCGCUGCGGCAGCCGCAGCAGCAAUGAAGGGAUGUGAGGAAGGGGAGGAGGAGAAAAAGGCAAAGGAGAAGAAGAGUAGUAGUUCGAAGUCGAGAGCGCGUGAGUGCCACGUAGAUAAUGAUGUUGGAUCUUCGUCGUGGUGUGGGACAGAGUUCAUGGACGAAGAAGAAGUCUUGAAUAUGCCUAAUCUGCUGGCUAAUAUGGCAGAAGGGAUGAUGGUUGCGCCGCCGUCGUGGAUGGGUUCUCGGCCGUCGGAUGACUCUCCGGAGAAUUCAAAUGAUGAGGACUUGUGGGGCUAUUGAUCGGUUUGUGUUGUCCACGUACGUAUAUGUAAUCAUUAUUUGUUCUUGUUGCUUUUUUUUUUUCCGCCCUUAAUUAUUUCACUUGUAUGAUAUAUC